CUCGUACCUACCUAUACUGCUUCAUGGUCAUGUCGACAGCAGCAACAGCAUCAUCGCCAUGGUAGUCGAAGCCCCCGCCGCCUCGGUCGACGCUGCGCGUCCCGGCGCCUACGAGGAGGAGAACGUGCACGCCGUCUACGAGCAGAUUGCCUCGCACUUUUCCUCGACGCGCUACAAGCCCUGGCCGAUAGUGGAGCGCUUCCUCAAGGGCCAGCCCGACGGGUCCAUCGGCGCCGACGUAGGCUGCGGCAACGGGAAGUAUCUCAGCGUCAACCCGGGCGUGUACAUGGUGGCGUCGGACCGGUCGAGCAACCUCGCCAAGAUCGCCGCCCUGAACCACCCCCCGCACAGCGCCCUCGUCGCCGACAACCUGCACCUGCCGCACCCGCCCGCUUGCUUCGACUUCGCCAUCUCCAUCGCCGUCAUCCACCACCUCUCGACCCCCGACCGCCGCGUCGAGGCCACCCGCGCCAUCCUCGACGUGCUGAGACCCACGGGCACCGCGCUUGUCUAUGUCUGGGCCCUCGAGCAGAAGGAGAGUCGGAGGGGGUGGGACGAGGGCCAUGAGCAGGAUGUCAUGGUGCCGUGGGUCAUGCAUAAGAACAAACCGAAAAAGGCCAAGCGUGGCACUGGAGCUGAGCAGGCCGCGAGCUCUGCCGAACCCGAGGACGACGGCCCCAAGACGUUCCACCGGUAUUACCACCUCUACCGGCAGGGUGAGCUGGAAAGCGACAUUGAGCAAGCGGGUGGCGUUGUCGUGGAACAUGGCUAUGAGAAGGACAAUUGGUGGGCCAUCAUGUCCCCGAAGCCUUCUUCGUGAGUGGCGGAGCAUGUGAAACUGUCUUGGGCCAUAUUCCGUCCGAAGUCGUACCAGCUUGUACGUGGCAUGCACCCGGAAAA